UUGAAUGGAACUUUGUGCCGUGUUGAGUUGCUGUUUAAUCUAUGUUCCGAGUUAGAUCUAUUGAAAACGGAAAGGAGGAGAAUGCAGUUAACAGGCGAGGUUGAAAUGCUUGAAGAACCUGAUGCUCUUAAUCUGGAGAGACAGUUACGUGAGAUAUUACAUGAACUCCAGCUUAAACGUGGGCAAGUAGAAGAAGGUCGUGAAGCAUUGCACCAAGCAGUAUUAAUUCAGCAUGAGUUAGAGAGGGCACUGGAUUCAGAGAAGCGUAAUAAUGAGGAGAUGCAGGCACAACUUGAAAUAGCUAUGGCUGCUGCACACAGGUGGGAAGAAGAACGCAGCAGCCUCCAGCAGGCAGCAUCUCGUCACCGCCUACAGCUGGAGACUACAUUGCAAGAAAGAGAUGCAUUGCGUGACCAGGCCAGGGCAGUACAGUUAGAGAAUGUGAAGCUCCAACAUACUAUAGAUGAACAAGAUCGACAACUGAAGUGUCAGCUGGCAUAUCAAGAAAAUUGUGUUACUCGUCAGAAUAAGCUAACUGACUCAGUACGAGAAUUAAGAAGUCAAAUGCAGAAAUUAGAAGAAGACUACCACAGACUUCAAAGUUCUGUUGAGGCUACAAAGAAACUUAGCUCACAAGUACAGCUUUCUGCAGAACACAUUACCUUCUUGCAUGAAAAGGAGAAGAGCAAGACUGCAUCCCUAGAAAAAAAGAUUGUAGCCCUUGAAGCUGAGAUCCAGAAGCUCCAAAGUGAGAAGAACAUAAAUAAUGGGCUGCCAUAUACUGAUUUCCAAAAAACUGAAAUUGAACAGAUAGUGUUAGUGAGCAAGAGUGAACAAACUCUUGGGGAGCUGUUAUAG